CUUUUGGUACGCGACGCGGGCUUCUGGACGGCGGUGCUCACGCUCUGCAACGCCGCACUCGGCGCGGGGCUGCUGAGCCUGCCCUACGCCGUCGCGUCGGCCGGUCUGCUGGUCGGCUCACUCUCCACCUGCGUCCUGAUUUGCGCGUCCUUUGCGUCGCUCUGCGUCAUCAUGGGGCUGAUGGCGCAGGCCGGGCCGUCGGUCACUUCGUUUGGCGGUCUCGUGCGCUGGGGCUGCGGACCGGCCGCGUCGAAUGUGGUCGAUGGCUUCGUCUUCCUAAACUCGUUUGGCGCCUGCGUCGGCUAUCUCGUCCUGCUGGGCGACGUCGUUCCUCCC